CAUUCUCCAGUAGGUGGCAGCAGAGUGUUAUCAUAGCGGUUGUAACGCGCUUCAAAAACAAGCCAAAGAAAGAUGCUCUCGUAUUUUUGAUGCAUAUUGAAUGUUUUGUCUAAUCUCCACAUGCGUGGGUGGUUUUAUUUUGACUACGUUUCCUCCAUUUUUUACUUGAACAGCUGGAGUGACUCAUUUGUAUGUUGCUGACGUAAAAACUUGGCGAACUAGCGGUUAGCUAACGCUACAUGCUAACCGGAAGAGGCUUACCGGGUCUUUAACAAACCAUUACGCCAACAUUUAUUCUGGUUUACCUUAACAGCAGAUACCUGAGAAAAGAUGGAGGCCCCUCCUGUUACCGUGAUGCCUGUGACCGGUGGGACGAUUAAUAUGAUGGAAUAUUUGUUACAAGGCAGCGUGUUAGAUCUGGCUCUGGAAAGCCUGCUGCAUCGCCUCCGUGGUCUGUGUGACAACAUGGAACCCGAGACUUUCACAGACCAUGAGCUGGUGUACCUUCUGAAAGGCCAGCAGGGAAAUCCUUUUAUCCUGCGUGCCCGGCGCGCCCUCUCCCACCCAAAUGCUCCAUGGCAUCUGCGUUAUCUCGGCCAACCUGAAGUGGGAGACAAAAACCGCUACGCCUUGGUACGCAACUGCGUUGACGUGGCUGCCUCUCACAGCCUUCCAGAGUUCCUGAACGAGAUGGGCUUCCGCAUGGACCACGAAUUUGUCACCAGCGGCCACAUAUUUCGCAAAGGAGCUAUGAAAGUGGUGGUUUGCAACGUUUCUCGGGUCCAGCUACCAGGAAACACGGAAAACACAGAGCGAAUGUCAAAUUCGCACCUAGUUGAACUGAGCGUGUUGGCCCCUGCUGGCCAGGACACGGUUUCAGAGGACAUGCGCAGCUUUGCAGAGCAACUGAAACCUCUGAUUCACCUGGAGAAGAUUGACCCAAGCAAGCAGAGACAUUAGAAGUAGAAUUCAGACUAACAUGGACUCAUUUAAUGUAGCUACUUUUGUUUAAUUGUUUGUUUUUUAUCUUAAUAGAAAAUAAAAUACUGCUCAACUUUUA